ACACGACGUGGAACCACAGAACAAGCUGUGUCAGCCACGUGGUACAAGGAAGCGUUCAUGUUGGAACUGGGCAAAGCGUAUUUACGCUCUGAGCUGUAUAAUAUGAUGUUCCGAGAGUAUCCACUUAUCUUUUCUUUAGUUGCGUUUCCAAAACUCUAAAGAUGCUGCUCCUCUGGAACAAAAGCUUAGUUUAAAAUACCACUACUCGUCCGGCUCUGGUGCCCGUUUUAAAAAUGGUGCCUUGGCCUUCAGCGGUCGUAGUUCUUUUGCAAUUAAGAUCCGGGCGGAAACAACGGGUAGGUGCAGCGGGGCAGAGCCGAGGUUACUUCUUAGAUCCUCUUGCAGGUCAGGAGGGAGGGUCAGGUCAUAGUUGGGUUUUGUUCCUGCUGGCGCGGGAAUACUCAGCGAGUAGGGAGCGGCGCUGCGGACUGCCGAGGCCUCUGGGAUUGUACCGGGUUUGCUAGUUAACUGGUUAGGCGGCGGAGCGGCGGCCCCUGGCGGGUCACCAUGUGGGCCUUCCCAGAGUUGCCGCUGCCGCUGCUGGUGAAUUUGAUCGGCUCGCUGCUUGGUUUCGUGGCUACUGUCACCCUCAUUCCAGCCUUCCGUAGCCACUUUAUCGCCGCGCGCCUCUGUGGCCAGGAUCUCAACAAGCUCAGCCGACAGCAGAUCCCAGAGUCCCAGGGAGUGAUCAGCGGUGCUGUUUUCCUCAUCAUUCUCUUCUGCUUCAUCCCUUUCCCUUUCCUGAACUGCUUUGUGGAGGAGCAGUGUAAGGCAUUCCCCCAUCAUGAAUUUGUGGCCCUGAUAGGUGCCCUCCUUGCCAUCUGCUGCAUGAUCUUCCUGGGCUUCGCUGAUGAUGUACUCAAUCUGCGCUGGCGCCACAAGCUGCUGCUGCCCACAGCUGCCUCACUACCUCUCCUCAUGGUCUACUUUACUAACUUUGGCAAUACAACCAUUGUGGUACCCAAGCCCUUCCGCUGGAUUCUGGGCCUGCAUUUGGACUUGGGGAUCCUGUACUACGUCUACAUGGGACUGCUUGCGGUCUUCUGUACUAAUGCCAUCAACAUCCUCGCAGGAAUUAAUGGCCUGGAGGCUGGCCAGUCACUGGUCAUCUGUGCUUCUAUCAUUGUCUUCAACCUGGUGGAACUGGAAGGUGAUUAUCGGGAUGAUCAUGUUUUUUCCCUCUACUUUAUGAUACCAUUUUUUUUUACCACCUUGGGAUUGCUGUAUCAUAACUGGUACCCGUCCCAGGUGUUUGUGGGAGAUACCUUCUGUUAUUUUGCUGGCAUGACCUUUGCUGUGGUGGGGAUCUUGGGACACUUCAGCAAGACCAUGCUGCUCUUCUUUAUGCCACAAGUAUUCAAUUUCCUCUACUCGCUGCCUCAACUCUUCCACAUCAUCCCCUGCCCGCGACACCGCAUGCCCAGACUCAAUGCGAAGACAGGCAAACUGGAGAUGAGCUAUUCCAAGUUCAAGACCAAGAGCCUCUCUUUCUUGGGCACCUUUAUUUUAAAGGUAGCAGAGAACCUUCGGCUAGUGACAGUUCACCGAGGUGAGGAUGAGGAUGGUGCCUUCACUGAAUGUAACAAUAUGACCCUCAUCAACUUGCUACUGAAAGUCUUUGGGCCCAUACAUGAGAGAAACCUCACAUUGCUCUUGCUGCUACUACAGAUCCUGAGCAGUGCAGUCACCUUCUCCAUUCGUUACCAGCUUGUCCGACUCUUCUAUGAUGUCUGAGUUCCCCAAAGAUUGCCCUUUACCCCAGUCUCCACUGGGCCUCACCCAGGGCCAGCCUGUCUGGACCCAGACUGCCUUCUGGUCCAGGCCUCUCUGACGGGCCAUUUUGGUUGCUUCCAGCUUCUCCCAUCACCUGUGAUUAUUGACCUGGACCUUAUUGGACUUAAAGUCCUUCUGUUGGACUUUGCCUAUGGCUUUCUUCAGCGCGAUACUCUCCCUUUCUGUCCCAUCUGCAGUCUCAUAAGGGGGUGCCACGGAUAUUCAAAGCUCAGCUUUCAGAGCCCUGACUCUAAAGGAAUUCGCCAGACCUUGAGAGAGAGCCUGGGCAAGGGCUAGAGUUAGGGCCUUAUUCCAAGGUAACCUCACACUUGACUUCUGAGUGUUCCCAUUAGGAAGAGCCAAGGCAGGCCAUGUGCUCAAAAUGGUGACAAUAAAGGAUUGUCUUUUACUUUC